CAAGAGGAGACAUGGAUAUCAUCAGACUUCGAAUUUCCGCGGGACCGAGAAUGACACCACUUCCACCAUCCUACAAGAAAACCCCUUCCGACUCCGUCUCAACAUCUCCUGUUCACAUUGGUGUCCUGUGGUACCUCCAUUCUCUCUCUAUCCGACUUUCCCUUUGACAUCCCCUCCUGAAUAAGAUACUAGAACUACUCGAACUACUAGAAGUCACGAUCCUCCCUCCGCCACUAUGGCCCCCCACUUCGUCCUCGAGGACUCCUCCAUCGACUUCUCCACCCCCUCCCACCCCCAUACCACAUCCCGCACCCUCCUCCUCGCUCCCCCUUCCCUCUCCUCCCACCCCGAUGCCCUCGCCCACCUCUUCGCCCAACACCCCCGCUCCACCUCCGACCUCCAGAUGCUCGACCGCCUCGUCGCCGGCCUCGUCGCCCUCCCCACCGAAACCUACGACCUCGUCCUUCUCGUCGCUAGCCCCGAGUCGUCUGUUCCUGAUACGCCGCUCACACGCGACGUCAUGGCGCGGGUGCUUGCGGCGUUGAAGCCGGGGGGACGGUUUAAGUCGCAGAGCGGGCGGCUGGGGGAGGUAGAGAGGCGAGAGGGGAUCUUGGGGGGGUUGGCGGUGGAGGGGGAGGAGCUGGUGAAGCCGACGGCGGUGGAUAGUGGUGCGGUGCCGUUGCGGUUCGGGAGGCGGAAGCCGGUCGAGACGGUUGCGAUUAAUGGAAAGCGGAAGACGGAGGACGCGGGACCUGUGCAGACUACGGCCAAUGGCGUUGGUUUCGUGGAUUUUGAUAACAACGACGAGUUGAUUAUUACUGGGGAGGAUGAUGAUAUUAUCGACGAGGAUGAGUUCAUUACGGAGGAAGAUAUGACGCGGCCCGUGAUCGAACCCCCCGAAUGCCGCCCCAAGCCCGGCAAGAAGCGCCGCGCCUGCAAAGACUGCAGCUGCGGCCUCGCACAGCAGAUCGCCGCCGAAGACGCAGCGACGCGUAGCGAGGCGGACGCGAAGCUACAGACGUUCCAGCUAGGAGCGGACGACCUCGCGGAGGUGGACUUCACGGUGCAGGGGAAGGUGGGGAGCUGCGGUAACUGCGCGCUGGGGGACGCGUUUCGGUGCGAUGGGUGUCCGUAUGUGGGGUUGCCGCCGUUUAAGCCGGGAGAGGAGGUGCGGUUGGUGAAUGAUGAGGUGCAAUUGUAGGGG